GGCAGCAUUGCGAGAUGUACAGAAGCAUGACGCGUUAACUGCGCCCAAUAGCCACGACUUAAAUAUUGCAGAUCUACAAAGCAUGUUCGCUGGCUGUGUUCCUGGGAUUUUUUCGUCCCGUAGGAAAGUUGCACUGUGGAUUACGCUUCUUUUCAUUUGCAUUGGGGAAAUUAAUGCAGGUGACACAGAGACAGUUGUUGGAAAAGUUGGAAAUCCAGUUUUUCUACACCCAUCAAAGCUACCAGGAAAUGUGCAUGAAGUGAAAUGGAAAACUCCAUUCAAAAUUGUGGGCAAAUUAAAAGAUGGAAAUUUGCAAUGUGGAAGCCGAUACAAUAUUUUUCCCAAUGGUUCUUUGAGAAUCGACAGUGCAAAUAAGAAUGAUACUGCAAUUUAUAUGUUGGAAUUAUUUGACGGAAAUGGAGAAAAUACAGCUACAAAAUCAAUCAAGCUCAGCAUUCAAGAUGAUGUCUCCGUGCCUGUGGUACACACUUCCUGUACGGUCGAUGGCAGGGUCAAGCUGAUCUGCUCGGUGCAGCACGGGAAUGAGGUGACGGUUCACUGGAUCGUGCAUUCAGCUUGGUCCAAUCACACCCUCGACAGCGCUAUGGCCAACCGCCGCAUCCUCUACCUGCGGCGGCAAACCCCCGGGUACCUGGUCUGUGUGGCGAGCAACAGGGUCAGCCAAAAUUUCAGCCUGCCCGUAAGCAUGGCCUGUAGGGCUCACAUCUUCUCAUUAGCGGCCCUGGGACUGUUCCUUUUACUUCCAACACUGGCCUUAGCCGUAGCGAUGCUGAAGAAAAAAGACACAAAUGUACCCAGGAAAGAUGCAGAAAAUUGCUAUGUUGCCAUGCAGAAGAAAACAGCUCCUCCCAAACACGACAAUGAUGAAGAACAUUGCUAUGUUGCCAUGCAGAAGAAAACAGCUCCUCCCAAACAUGACAAUGAUGCAGAAAAUUGCUAUGUUGCCAUGCAGAAGAAAACAGCUCCUCCCAAACACGACAAUGAUGAAGAACAUUGCUAUGUUGCCAUGCAAAAGAAAACAGCUCCUCCCAAACACGACAAUGAUGAAGAACAUUGCUAUGUUGCCAUGCAGAAGAAAACAGCUCCUCCCAAACACGACAAUGAUGCAGAAAAUUGCUAUUUUGCCAUGCAGAAGAAAACAGCUCCUCCCAAACACGACAAUGAUGCGGAACAUUGCUAUAUUGCAAUGCACAAGAAAGCAACCCCUCCUGCAAAUCAUGACAGUGUCAACUGCAACCCAACUCUGCCCAGGCUUAAUGAGGAUGGGGAUGAACACACGGUGGAGCCGGUGAUUGAGGACGUCUACGUAUGAGGGCAAGCGAGGAAACAUUCACAGGCUGUGUGUGUGUGUGUGUGUGCGUGUGUGUGUGUUAUGUGUGUGCAUGUGUGCAGUGUGUGUGAGGCUUGGAGGAAGGGCUUGGAUCCAGGAUAUGUGUGGGUGAUGGGGGGCGAAGCUCUCAAAAGCUGUGUGUGUAUGUGGAUGGUUUGUGACUACACUUGAAGAAUGACCUUCACUUUGUUGUCUGGACAGAGUGUUCAUACAGGAAUGUGGGGUUGCAAACACAGUAAUCUACUGUAUGUAUUCUGAAUGAGCAUUAUCCUAAAAACUGUUUAGGAUACUGUGUAAUUAUGCUGGUAAAAUAUGCCAAUAUUCCUUCAGAUUACAGUUUUGUAUCUCUAUCUCUGUAAUUCCCAUUCACAAUUCCCAGGCCCUCUAAUUGUGCGCUGGGACGGGGUGGCCUGGGGUUUGGGCACAAUGUGAGCCCAUUUCAUUGUGCCCAAAGUAGCUGGCUGCAGCUCUAGUGAUAAUUGUUCUGGUGUUUUGUAAUGUUUUUUUUUUAUUAAUGUUUUGAUUCCCAAUAUAAUGAGCCAAUAAUAAAAUUAUUCUUUGAUUUUAUGUGUUCUUGUCAAGUCAAGUCACAUUUUCGCCUCGGUAAUGAGGAAAAUGCCGUUUGCUUAUAUUACAUGCGGUAUGACGUGUUAUGAUAUCAGUUUCAUAAACAUGGCGCAUGAAAGGCGGUAUAAGGUACUUUCUCACUAGUUAGCAUAGUUUACUUUAUGGCAUAAGCUAUUACGCCAAUGUAUGUCAUUAGCUUUAUUACCCCAUGCAUUAUGACAGUGUCAUAUUAUUAUUUAGAAGCAGUAAGAUACUGUUGUGACUAGUU